UCUAACUUCGGUGGUGACCCUGAAAACAUCACCAUAUUUGGACAGAGUGCUGGAGCCGCCUGCGUCACCUACCACUGUGUCUCGCCGAUGACCAAGGGUCUGUUCAAAAGGGCCAUCGCUCAAAGCGGAUGCAUGCUGAACUCGUGGGCACAUGCCUACAGACCGCGCGAAAGAGCAAUCGCUCUGGCUAAGCAUUUAGGAUGGACUUCGGAACAAGAACAAGACCUCUAUGAGUUCUUCAAAUCCCAACCCAUGGAAUCGAUUGCGGAAAUUCAAAUACCGAUAAUGGCGCGCGAAAAAGAUUUAUCAAUGUACGAAAUUCAGUUUACAGUUGUUAGUGAAAAAAUAUUCCCUAACGUUGAAACGUAUUUUACUGGUGAUAUCAUAGAAGCACUCAAAACGAAUAUACACGAAGGAGUCGAACUAAUUAUAGGCUACAAUGAAGAUGAGGGAACUUCAAAUGUAAUGGUGACUCGCAACAUGGAAAAUAUGAUUAAUCAAGCCAACACCUAUGAUGACUUUUUUCUCUCAAAACUCUUAUCAUUAUACAGUGUAGAUGGUGAUAAAAUUGAUAUUGCAAACAAGACGAAAAAAUAUUACUUAGGGAAUAAAAGAGUGCAGAUAAAAAAUGUAAACGCAUUAUCUAAUUAUUUUUCUGCCGAAGGCAUCAAAUUUGGGAUAUGGGAGUUCGCAAAAUAUUUCGCUGCCCAAAACAAAGUGUACAUGUAUAAAUUCUGUUGUAAAUCUGAGAGGAACUUAUUUUCUAAAAUAUAUGGCGUGACAAAAUACUACAACAACGCACAUUUGGUGGGGCACUGUGAUGAAAUGGGAUACCUUUUCCCAGUCAAAAUUAUAAAACAGAAUAUUAAGGCGUCUUCUGACACGUUCGCGAUGAUCAAAACGAUGUCAACAAUGUGGACUAAUUUUGCAAAACAAGGGAACCCACACAUAAACUCCGGUCUAAUGCCCAUGUGGAGGCAGUUCAAAGCCGACUCGCAGCACUACCUGAUGAUUGGGAGGGACCUGAUCCGGCGCAGGAUACCUGACAAGGAAGAGCAAGAAUUCUGGCAACAUUUGUACAACAAAUACUUACCCCGUUACCUUUACCAGAACUGUAACAAACUAUUAAGUGUAUAAUAAUUGCUGUAAAUUGAGGAGAUGAUGAGUAUUUUUAGGCGAUCCCUUCUAUUCGCAUAGUGGUUUACUUCUAAUAUACUUUGGCAUAAAAUCCUCAGUAUAGUUUUUUAUCGCAUAAUAUAACAUUAUACCAAAAUUUACACGGUGAAUUUGAAAUCGUUGGCAUCCUUUUAAUAUAUGACUCUAC